UUCAAUGGUCAACAGUGUUCUUCCCACACGAUCCCGUCAAUGGCGAUUUGGAAUGAAGAGUGAAAACGUCAAAUUCACGCGUCCUAAUCCUGCCGAGAAAAAGACAAUACUACAACAAAUCAAUCCCGCGAGAUUUAUGGCCUUCUCAACUUAGUGAUUAAGGUAUCAAAUCCCCUGUAUCACCGAUCUCCUGCAACUCCGUCGUUCCCUCUCACUACAAACCGUCCUCUUUUCAGAAACUCUGUUCAUAAAUCCUUGUCUUCGCUAUAAUCCCUUGAGACUCUAGAUUAGACCCCAAAUAUGGAGGCUUCUUCCCAUGUUGACAGUGUUCAAGAUGCUUUAAUGAGUCUGAUCCAGUCGUCUCCUCCCACUUGGGGAUCCUCUCUUCUUAGCAACGUCCUGAUCUUUAUCGUGGGUUCUCCGAUAUUGGUCACUGGAUUGUCUCUAUCUGGUGUCGCCGCUGCUUUUCUGCUAGGAACGCUCACUUGGCGUGCUUUUGGUCCUUCUGGGUUCCUUCUUGUCGCUACCUAUUUCAUUAUUGGUACAGCAGCAACAAAAGUCAAGUUGGCGCAGAAAGAGUCCCAAGGCGUUGCUGAGAAAAGAAAAGGAAGAAGAGGUCCUAGCAGUGUUAUUGGAUCUAGCGUUGCUGGUUGUGUUUGUGCCUUUCUUUCUAUUUCUGGAGUUGGGGGAGAGGCAUGUGCUCAACUUUGGCGACUUGGAUUUGUUGCCAGUUUUUGUACUAAAUUGAACGACACGGUUUCAAGUGAAAUAGGGAAAGCAUAUGGCAAAACAACGUACCUAGUUACAAAUUUCAAGGUAGUUCCAAGAGGAACUGAAGGAGCUGUGAGUGUUGAAGGAACCUUUGCAGGAAUUUUAGCGUCCAUGGUUCUAGCUUUUGUCAGUUAUCUAAUGGGCGAGAUUAAUGCACAUGAAGCGAUUAUAUGUGUGCUAGCUUCCCAAAUUGCUAAUCUAGGGGAGAGCAUCAUAGGUGCUUCCCUUCAGGAGAAGGAAGGAUUUCGUUGGCUUAACAACGAUGCAGUCAACAUAAUAAACAUAUCAAUGGGCAGCAUCAUUGCAGUCUUGAUGCAGCAAGCACUCCAGAACUGGCAUACAUGAAUUUUGCUGCAAGAUUUUCUAGGUGCUCAAUCAUCAGAUUGCAUAUGUAUAUCUUGCUAUUUGCUGAUCUAAAGCCAACAGAUGUUUACACUGCCGGGAGUUCAAGUGGUGGGAAAUCAUUUUAAAAGAUAUAUUCUUGGCCUAAAACGGCUUAGGAUUAUAAUUUGAUAUAUCUUUUCAUUUUUUAUUGUAACCAGACUCCUUCUGUGCAAGCGUACAAAAAAUAUCGACGUCAACUAAUAGUAAAAUUAUAGCACUAUUUAUUCCACUUUUAUAGUUUUAUAUGUGUGAUGAUCGUAAAAUCAUCGCACUAUUAAUUCCACUUUUAUAGAUUUUGCUAUUAUCUUGUAUUUUUUUCCCUACUGUCUUACGCUUGUAAUUGUAUCGUUUGGAUUAUGUAUAAGGUACUCAUUAAACAGUUUAACAUUUGAUGUUGAUUACUUCGCAAAAGCUCCGCUAGUUCUCCCUUCA